AGCGACAUACAGUAGGUUCGCUUCUUCGAGAUUUUCUGUUGUCUGCUGAAAGGUAAACAUCCGGGCUCUACCAAGACAAAUUUGUUUUGUCCACCUCCUCCGCCGCUGCAUUGGUCGUCGUCGAUUGCUUUUCUUAUUUUGCGUGUUUCCUUAAAAGUCGUGAAUAAUUGAAAAGAAGAUGACGUCCAGUGGCUGUAAAAACAUCAAGAAGUUUUCUCGUGUGCACGUGGUCCCACCUUCGGAGGUCCUCGCAAUGUUAUUGUGCUUAUGUGUUGCGUGCCUGUCAUUGGUGCAUGCGGCCGUUCCACUGCAGCCGUCUGUUGCUAACAUCCGGCAUGAGGCGCUUGUUCAGGAGUUGCCGCUGCCGAAGGUUGCUAGUUUCUAUCCAAAGUCAGCCAGCAAGUUGCCGCCUUCGUUAGGCGUCGAUCUGCCGCAAGUGGCAGCUCGCCCGCGGACACUCUUGGAGCACCAACACUUCUUGCACAAAAACGGCGAGUCGUUACGCGUUCCAACGGUCGGUGGCGUGGCUGGUGCAGGGGACCUUUCUACGGCGCUCCUUUCUCCGAGUCAAAAAAGUAGCACUGUGACGUUCUACACCGGAGUGCCCAUCGACAAUGUUCCAUCAUCUGCUGGCAAUUACAAAAAGAAGACAACUACACCUCCGUCAAAAAAUCACGGGGAGCUUUUCCUCAACACCUUUGGAAAGGAACCUGACGUCCACCACGAUUUGACGGAUGAGCACCAUGAUGCUGUUAAAUAUGACCAAGGCAGCACAACACCGGACGAGAAGAAAGAUGUUGCAGCAAAAAUUGUGGGCAUCGCUCCUGCGAAUAAAGUGGACCACGCGAGUCCGAGCGCCAGUGGCACUGUCGGGAAGUCGUUCGAUUCUUCGCUUGACAAUUCUGUCUCAUCGACUCGCGACAUCGAAGAUGACGAAAACGAUCUUCCUCAGAAGAUGGAUGUGGACGUCGAGCAGAAGGGUUCACCAGCUGUGGCUAAAGCGCGACCCACGAUUGACAGCUCGAGCAUGUCGUCUACGUCUACUGUCAUGGAUGCGACGAGGGAAGAGCACGACGAUGACGAUGACGAACAAGCGCACUCUACUAUCCUGAGUAAAAACGUCCCCACCCCAGAGUUGUAAUGCAGAUUUGCAAAGACAGGAAGACUUGUAAUGCGCAUCCCGAUGAGAGCCAUUUCCAAUCGUGUUUUGGAAUUUGUGAUGCUGUGAACAGGAUGAGCAGAUGAAUCUGUGACGCGGCUGCACUUGCUAACCUGCCCUACACUGCGGAGUGCAACUUGUCAUGCGUGACUCACAAAACUCCUAGGUUUGUGUUGCAAAAUCCCCAUCCUGACUCUGGUGUGGGGACGUUUUUACUCAGGAUAUGUACCAGCAUGGUGUUUGAGAGCGAGGAGCAGGAGCAGCUGCCCGAGGCGCCCCCGAAAAGUUCCAUUCCGCAGAUGCAGAUCAAGAGCCCCAGUUUGGCUCCUCCGGCGGGGCGGGGCGUGCACCAGCUGCAACGUGACGACAGUGCUGAACAAGCGUUCCUGAUUGGCACAAAGCACGGACCGACCUCCAAGAGUAGCGCGACGGCCGCGCACCACGACCAACCUCCUGUGUAUGCGACCACGGAGGUUCGGGGAAGAACAACAACCAGCGGAGAGCUGCCACUGGCGGCAAGCGCAAGACAUUCUCCUGGUGCAACUACUGAGAAGCUUGACUAUUUCAACAACGCGACAAGAACAACUGCUGCUGUCGUCCCUACAACGGAAGGGGUACAACCACAUGAGACCACCGUCGCAAAGAUGAGAAAGCCACCGUCAGGUGCAGUUGUUGUUCCGCAUCAAGCGGUGAUUCCGCAAAUGCAAAUCGGGGUGCACGAGCGAGAGUUUCUCGAAAGGUUCUACAAUCCCAAUUCCUUGUCACCCAACAAAAUCAAGAGUGCGCUGUUAAUUCCGCGGACGGCGACCAGGACGGAGAUGGGGCAGGAACUUUCUCCACAUGAGGACCCGCAGCGGGCGGCGGCUCCGGGCAGCUCCAGUGAGCAAUUGCAUCCGCGUACCAACGCUGAGCUGAUCGGGAAGCAAGUGCGGUUUACACUGCAUGCCUUGUUACACGAGGCAAAUAUGCUUCAGGUGUCUGUUGCCGAUGUUAUGACAGAAAGAGCAGGUCGUGGUCGUGCUGUGCGUAAAUUGCCAAAUAUCGAUACAUAGUUCCGCUUCAUCAAUCUGUUCGUGUUUCAUGCAGCUCCAAUUUUUCCUUCAGCGUGUUCUCUCCUUUUGCCUAGUUGGGACGGAACGCAAUGGCGCGGUUUCUGGUCGUGGCAGUUUUCUAUGUAUAGAAAGCGCUACUGUUUUUUACGCUAGUACUAGAAAGUACCUGAUUAUUUGGCAAUUUGGUUAAGCAGCUGUUCGUUUGCAUAGUUGUGCUCGGCGACCAAGUGGUACGGAAACUGUUUUUCCAGCUUGCGUAUGCUGUGCAAAAGUAUCGUACUCGUAUAAAUGCAGGUCUUGCAUUACAAAUUUCUUUGUCAAGGCAAAUCGAGAUCAGCAUUACAAAUUUCAUUUCUCAUGCUGAGAAAAUUUGUAAUGCAUUUAUACGAGUGCGAUACUUUUGCAGUUCAUAUUGCGCGUGAAUUGACGAAGCUGCAUUUUACUACGGCGCACGGCUACCUGACGCCGGAGAACGUGAUUGUCAGCUAUGUCGGUGGGGACGAGUUCGAAACCCUCGACGUGCAAUUGCGGCACGUGAAGCCGAAAACCUGGGACACUUUUGACGACGAUCAGGGCGAGCAGGACUUUUCCGGCGGCAAAGCGGAUGUGGCAGAGCUCCUCCUGCCAAGCUUCUACAACUACCUGUGUCCGGAGACUGUCGGAUGGCGGGAGCAAUUUCGUGUCCGCGAAACCUCGUCGAGCAAGAAUGCCGGCACGCUGCAAAUGGGCCAGCAGAUUGCAAAGGAGCAAGACGCUUACGCGCUCGGUGUCAUGUUGUACGAGCUGUAUCGCGGCCGGAAACUCUUUGUGACGCCCGAGCAAUUGGUAAGUGGUCUCGCCGAUCGCAGCAGCGACGAGCAGAAGCAGAUAACGGCGCACUCAAUAUCGCUGAUCUACCAACAGAUUCUGGAAUUGACACCGGACAAGCUGCGGCGCCUCAUGCUCAUGCGGCUGGACAAGAAGCGCAGCAAGUACCAACCGCAAAUGUGCCUGUCUCUGACCAUGUGGUCCCGCUGGCUGGAGAUCCAGAUCUUCAUAUUUUUCGUUCUCACUCUUUUUUCGUUUGGAUUUUUUUCUCAUUCUCCUUUGCAUUGCGCAUACGAAAUCCCACAGCAAAAUCAAACCGUGGCGGCCCUUGUCUCUCACUUGUAAUACGCUUAGCAUCUUGACAUAUGGCCGGGAUGGACGGCGCCCACCGUUUUUACAUCCUGGUUGGUGCUGAAGCUGCGUUACAAUUUUUUGAGUUGUGUUAUCGCAGCAGCAGCGCGUGACUCCUGCUGUCGGCGAGGACUAAAGACGCAGGGCAUAUUGGCACUGCAUAGGGCGUCCGGCGGAGCGGUUCCGACGUCGCCAACUUCCCCGUACCCGCCCGUCGCGAGCUCCCAGAGCUUGGACCCCAGUGUCCUGCUCUCCGAGUCCCUGCACAACGAGAACCUGGAACAAAUGCAGAACAGGAGCGUGGGCUGGACAGGAGGCGGGGGCAACGGCACGAUCAACAGCCAGGCGUCCGCCGGCAGUUCCUCCGGUGAUCACUGGUACACCGACCUGGGGUCGUCCACGCAGGUCGGGACCACCACAUCCUCCGGCCGGCGUGCGCACAAAGCAAUCCCGAAAGCCGCACAGGACCUGAUCCAGCAGCUCCUGAUAUCCAGGAAAAAACACCCAUCCCCAUCCAAUUUGUCAUGCAAAACGUGCAUAAAAUCCACUCUUUCUAUUUGUCAUGCACAAAAUGGAUGGGGAUGGGUGUUUUUUCGUGGAUACCUGAACCCGCAUCGGAAGAGCCGCGGGCUCAAGCCCUCGGCGGUUCUGCAGCACCCAUUUCUGCUCCGGUUCGAGACUUGUGGCGUGAGCGGCGAUAGCGGAUCGAACACCGCGAGGAGCACCGCGAGCAACAACGGCAGCGGGACCAACGGCAACGCACAGCAAUCUUCGUCCAACAAAGUGGUACUCGGCACGGGGUCUUUCGGGCGGGUCUGCAAGGCGGUUUUUCUGGAGCGGUACCCCGUGGCCGUGAAGAUUGUGCGGCGGAAGUUCGUCCCCUACGUGGUGGCGGAAAAGCUGGUGUCCGCCGGCGUGGACCAGAAGGGCGAUCCGAUCACCGACCCCCGGGAGCGGAAGGCCAUGGACCGGGACCUGCAGCUGUCGAAGCAAGAGCAGGGAAACUACGAGAAGGAGCGGUAUUUAUUGAAUCUGUGUCGCGCGAACGAAAAGGACCACCUGGAACAACUGCAGAAGGAAAAGAUGGAGUCCAAGCUGCUCGACGACGAGUGGGUGAUUAAGGUCGCCGAGGAAAUCACGCGGAGCAUCCAGCAGUCCAGCGGCGAGGGGGAAGACGAGGUGCUGUCCGAUAUGCAUUGCAAAAAUAUCGUACUAGUAAAAGUCGCAUCACAAAUUUCCUCAGCAUGAGAAACAAAAUUUGUAAUGCUGAUCUACCUUAAGAAAAUGCAUGAUCGCAAUACGAGUGCGAUGCUUUUGCACAGCAUAUCCGAGCACCAGCGGCAACACUCGAAUGCGUCGACGAAUACCACCGCGGAGACGGUCAGCGGGGCCAGCGCGGCUGGGUACAGCAGCGAUUCGGACACGGAGCUGAACAGUCUGGAGGAGGCGGAGCGGCUCGCGGAAAAGAAUUCGGAGGUGCUCAGUGCGGAGGAGUACCGGGAAAAGUCCUAUACGGUCUCUCUGCACGAGUCCUUCGAAACGUACGACAGCUUUUUUCUGCUGACGGCCUUCGUCCCCGAGUCCGAGGAGUUCGAGAAAUACUUCCGGAAGCACGCCAACGCAAAACAGAAGGACCUCCAGCGGUUCUGGCUGCAAAACAGCGGCGUCGACCCCGCAAGCAUCCAGCUGAUGUAUCGUGCGGGAAAAUGCGUCUACGAGAAGUCACUUUCUUCAUAUUUAGUUUUCAUGAACGAGUUUAUUUUACGGACCACGACGGAUCUGUCACUGCGCCAUUAUCUGCACAGACAUUCUUGUCGUCCUUUCGUGCUUUCUUCUAUAUUUGGCUAGGGCUUUUUAGAGGCAUUCAUUUUCACUUUCAUACACUGGUUGCCGGCGGAGGCAACAACCAAAUGACACCCCAGCAACAGGAGAUGCUCUUCCAGCAGGCCAUGCUGGCUGCCGCGGCGUCCGGCCAUGCCGGCGGUGCUGUAGCAGCCGGAGUUGGCGGCUAUCCGCUGAGUCUCGGAGGUCCAGCGUCUUCGGGCGCUGCUCCGGGGGCGGUUGCUUCCGUUACCCACCCGCCCUCCGUGUUCCCGCUCCCGCUGGAGGCAAUUCGAAAGUAUUUUGCACAGAUGGCUCUGGCUCUGCUGCGCUACCAGAUGACGCCGGAGGGGAAGAUUCGCGAGAAAAACGUCCUGGUGCACCGGGACAUCAAGCUGGAGAACAUGCUCCUGUCGAAGAAGAAAGACAAGGUGGUGCUCAUUGACCUCGGGCUGGGCGCCGUGCAACCGGGAAAAUCUGGGCAGGUCCGCGGGGAGGUGGGGACCCCCUACUACGUGGCCCCGGAGGUGCUUUCGGGCGCACCGUACAACGCGCAGUGCGACGUGUGGUCGCUUAUCCAGGAAAAAACACCCAUCCCCAUCCAAUUUGUCAUGCAAAACAUGCAUAAUUUGCACUGUUUGUCAUGCAAAAAAUGGAUGGGGAUGGGUGUUUUUUCCUGGAUAUCGCUGGGAGUGGUCCUGUUUCGCCUGCUGUGCAACCGGUACCCGUUUCCGGGCUCCGAGGCGGAAACCGUGUAUCGGAAAAUCCGGAAGUCCAAUCCCGAGUGGCCCUCCAAGGUGGAACCCUUUGUGCCGAAGGACGCGAAACUGUUGGUGGAGGCGAUGCUGACCAAGAACCCGAAGUCGCGCAUCACCCUGGACCAGGUGCUCCGGUCCGAAUUCGUGGUGAAACUCCCGAAGUUGCUUUACAUGAACUUGGGUAUCCCCUACAGCAUUUCCUACUACAAAAAAGAACUUCUUCUCAUGCAGCAACAGGCGGAGAAGCGCCGGCAGUAUCUGGCGCAACUCGUGCAGCUAAAAAAAGAGCAGGAGCAGCGGAAGGUGAUCCAAGGAGCACUCCCAAAGAUGCAGUACGACGUGGAACGUUCUGCGUCUCUAGUACCCGCGCCGCUAUUUGGUAACUUUUUUCCGGGGCAGCUGCCUGUGGUCCAUGAUGCUCAUCGCUUGCACACCCACCUUCCGGCGACAGCGGGAUCGGUUCCCCGCACGUUUCAGCCGCUGGCAUUCCAAUCGGACGACGCGCGCGACCACUCUCGUGGCUCUUCAUCGCAACUGAUGACCGCAAGUGCGGCCAGUGGCAACAUGUAUGGCCCGGUUAGCUGUGACAUUUUCAGCUGUUACAGUUUCUCGCUUCAAUAUGAAUAUCGGUUACGGUUUUUGAUGCAAUGCAUAGAAUAAAGUUGGGUUUGGGAACAACGCAAUGAAAGCACUAAAAGAGGGAACCAAGAUUUCGGCGCAGCUUUGUGGUCACGGUAGAAUUUUUUGCAAAUGUCGUGGGCAUCAUAAACAUAAUCGCGCUAUAGUGGUGCAGCACUUUGCAAACUACGUGCGCUACCUACCACGUAGGGCCUUGAUAUAAUCCCUCCAAAAUCGGAUACCUGCGCUGGUUCUAUUGCAUCCCAAACAAAGCAUGACUAAGAUGAUACAGCUGUGAAUGCACCACCUGAGCGGGGCAUACGGACGGCGACUCGUUUCUGGAACGACUGCAGAGGCACCUGCAUCCAGCGUUGGCGGCUCAAACCGAUUUUUUGGCGCCCCGAGGAAGCAGUAUGGGUUCACAACAAGUCUCGGACGAUAUGACAGUUCACAACUCCCCCUCCCCCUGAUUUGUCAUGCAAAAUACAAUCCAAUGAAUCCACCCGUUGCCUCUUGGUCUUGGCACUGUUUGCAUGACAAGCUCUGGUAGCCCCAAUAGCACUAUACUCCAGUGCAAUUUUGUCAUGUAAAACCGGCACUCUUGCUGAUGCUUGUAUUGCCGUUCAUGGUAUACAAAUGAGGGGGAGGGGGAGUUGUGCACUUUCAUAGACGAGCACAUGUUCUCUGAGGAAGAGACGGAGCGGGCAGUAUAAAGUAGAACUCGCACCACUGAGUUCUGAUUUAGAUUUUAUUUUUGUUUGUCUCGUCUACCUCUACUCUCUCUGGCUUCUCGAGGAUUCUUGUCGAGAACAUGUAGGAACAUCUGUCUCUAGUAACACUAGAAAAGUGCAAAAAGCUCAAGCAAAUCAAACAACAACAGCAGCCCAAGCGUAUAUCCUCAAAAUUGGAGGCGAGCAACGCGAAGGACCGCUAUGCGCCAUCGUUUUAUGCGAACAGUGUGUCCCAGGGUUUUAUUCAAAUCUGAAGAUCAUUCUGACUCAGUGUAUUCCAAUUGAAAAUUUCUCAUCUCUACCGUGUACUUGUUCGUUGCAACCUGCCGCAGCUCCAUCACGAGCAUGACCUUUCCAUGUCGUCUAGGUUUCGGCGGGAUCAAUUUUCCACCGUGACUGACGACAACCAUAGCGAUAAUCUGACAAGAUAUUCAGCAUGAUGAAGCCCUAGGAGUGGAUCAUCGUGUUUGCCCUCUCAGCGUCAGCACUCGUUCCGGACGCUAGGUCGAGCUGUGCCCGCAUGCAGAUGAAGUAUCAACGACCGGACGAAAAAAGGAAAAAUGACACUGAAGAUACGUAGGUAUGCACAUGCAGUUGGUGUCCCUCACGCUUAAUACAGCUGUUCGACGAGGUUUACAUAAAAACACUGCUUCUUGGAUGAAAUGUUAAGUACACGGGGGUAUUUUCACUGAAGUGUUUUGAUCCAUAGCUUCGGCUGCGCUUGCCAACGGGACACGACAACCUCCACACGAGAAGUAGGUCUGUAGGAACAAACAGAGAGGACAACUCCACGAAACAAACCUGGGGGAUGUCAGCAGAGUAAUAUUCGGUACUGUGAAAAGGGCACCCACCAGGUUCAGGCAACACCAACAGCUCGUCGAGUCUGGAUGUUUACUUUUGAAAAUUUUGCGAGCUCUGGUGACCACGACCUACAUCACGGAAACAUAAGCAAAUAGCUUUUGAUGAAGGAAACGAAUAAGUACUACGUUCUUGCGGUCGUCUUUGGGAUGUUUCACCUGAAUGUCUCCGACAAGAACGGCAGAGCCGGAAGCUGCUGCAGGCGACAUCAAUCCGUAAACCCUGUAUAAUAGUUUCUUGAAUUUGUAAGAAUAGUGCGUAAUAAUAACUUUUCAUUUUUAUACGAACUGAUAUAGUACUGGCAUGGGCUACUUCUGUUGUAAGUCGCUAGAUUUGCAGCAGCGCAGCUAAUGCUCAUGAGGAAAAUUGUGUCUGCCAAAACGAAAAGCCAACCCUAUUUGAAACCCUGUUGUUGUCUGCCAAAAUGCAAAAGUGAAUUAUGAAUGGAAAAAAUGCUGUUGUUGAAGAAAAACAGCAAGAAACACAAUUUGAAAUUACGAAAUUAAGCAAGCAACAGAGCGUGUUUGUUUCUGUACCG